AUGUCUACCGCUGCGGAAGAGUUGGGCACCGUCCCAAAACUCGAGAAGAAGCCCGUCAAGUUCAGCAAUUUGCUGCUGGGCGCAGGGUUGAACAUGUUUGAGGUCACUACUUUGGGACAGCCACUGGAGGUGAUCAAGACAACCAUGGCUGCAAACCGGGGCGAUAGCUUCGCUGGCGCUAUGGGUCGGAUAUGGGGUCGUGGUGGGAUCCUCGGUUAUUAUCAAGGUCUCAUUCCGUGGGCCUGGAUUGAGGCCUCUACGAAGGGCGCCGUCCUCCUGUUCGUCGCGUCCGAGGCGGAAUUCCGCGCCAAGGUGCUCGGUGCCCCUGACUUCCUUGCUGGUAUUUCUGGAGGUAUGGCUGGUGGUGUCGCCCAGGCUUAUGCCACUAUGGGUUUUUGUACUUGUAUGAAGACGGUCGAAAUCACAAAGCACAAGAUGGCCGCCCAGGGUGUUAAGCCCCCGAGCACUUUUGCAACAUUUAUGGACAUCUACCGCAAAGAAGGUGUCCGGGGUAUUAACCGUGGUGUCAAUGCUGUUGCUAUCCGCCAGACUACCAACUGGGGAUCCCGAUUCGGUCUUUCCCGCUUGGCAGAGCAGGCCAUUCGUAACAUCACCGGCAAGGAUGACAGUCAAAAGCUCGGCGCCCUUGAGAAGGUUAUCGCCUCAGGUCUGGGUGGUGGCCUCUCAGCCUGGAAUCAGCCUAUCGAGGUGAUCCGGGUUGAGAUGCAAAGCAAGACUGAGGACCCUAACCGCCCCAAGAACCUUACUGUCGGCAAAGCUUUCAAGUACAUCUACGACUCGAACGGUGUGAAGGGUCUGUACCGUGGCGUGACACCCCGUAUUGGCCUGGGUAUCUGGCAGACCGUCUGCAUGGUGGCUCUUGGUGACAUGGCCAAGGAGGCAGUCGAAAAACUGACGGGCGACGAAGUCACCGCCAAGCACUAG